CCUUCAGAAUCAUUGAAAUCUGAAUUGAAGAAGCCCCUUCUCUUCCUAAUACAAAAUAUUAGUAGAAAAGAAAACAAGACAGGAAAAUAGCAACACCGACUCAUUUCUCCUCCACGAGGACGAGGGCGCGGACGACGACGACCAUCCGCAGGAGCUUCCCAAACAUGAUUUUAAACAAAGAGAACACUCUUCUUCUCUAUAGCUCCUUCAGACUCAGUAGCCUCUCGUCAGUUCUUCAAAACUAGAAACACAGUGAAAGAGAAAGAGGGAAGAUGGAUAUAGAGUUUGAGGCGAGGGUGAAACCUCUGGAAUACAAAGUGAAGGCAAUGUCACGUGAGUCGCCGUCCCAGAAGGCGGGUCACGUGCUGGACGCCGACCUCCGCUCCCACUGGUCCACCGCUACCAACACCAAGGAGUGGAUUCUUCUCGAGCUCAACGAACCUUGCUUGUUAUCGCACAUACGAAUUUACAACAAGUCUGUGCUCGAAUGGGAAAUUUCAGUUGGCUUACGCUACAAGCCAGAGACAUUUGUAAAAGUUCGCCCAUGUUGUGAAGCACCGCGACGCGACAUGAUCUAUCCCAUGAACUAUACUCCCUGUCACUACGUGCGAAUAUCUUGUUUGAGGGGAAAUCCCAUAGCUAUUUUCUUCAUACAGCUUAUCGGGGUUUCAGUGACGGGCCUGGAACCAGAGUUUCAACCAGUUGUUAACCACUUGUUGCCAUCCAUUAUAUCUCACAAACAAGAUGCCCUUGAUUUGCAUCUUCAGUUGCUUAAAGACAUGACAAGUUGGUUGCUUGUGUUCCUUCCCCAACUUGAGUGCAGGCAGACCUUAACAGCUUCUUGGAUGCUGCUGAACCUAAUUUACGUUUUCUUGCUAUGCUUGCCGGUCCUUUUUAUCCCAUACAAUCUUGGGAAUGAAAGGACAGCUGCAAAGUCUUUAGGCAAUAUCUCAGACUCUGAAGUUUCUUAACAUAGUCAGCUGUCAUCAGCCUUAACCGUGUCUUCUAACUUUGAGCCACGAAGAUCACACGGCACUUCACCUUUCAUCCUGUCAACAUCCAGUUCUAUAGUAUUCUGUGCAGAUGCAAUUUUUGUGCUGUUGAGAAAGGCAUAUAAAGAUUCUGAUUUAGGAAUUGUUUGCAGAAUGGCUGCUAGAGUUCUACAUAAGCUUAUAGAGCCUGUGGCACAUGAAGUAUCAACACCUCCUGGUGAAGUGACAUAUGGAGAUGAAGCAGUAAAAUCAGAAAUAAUUAAUCCGGCUCCUUUAGUUGAUUACUCGAACUCGUUUGGAGAAGAGUUCCAGUUGCCUGAUGAUCACUGGGCUCAAGCUAUCUUAGCAUCUUGGAUAUAGGAGCAGUGGAGGAAGGGAUUUUACAUGUUCUUUAUGCUUGUGCGUCACAGCCUCAGCUCUGCAGCAAAUUAGCAGAUAGGACUUCUGACUUCUGGUCUGCGUUACCGCUAAUUCAAGCAUUACUGCCAGGUUGAUUGUCCCACCUGAUCGCUCUUCCUGCCGUCCAUCUGACAUUGUUGAGGAUAGUUUCUCUCAAUGGAAACAACCAAUUGUUCAACAAGCCCUCUCCCAGGUUAUGCUUAAUGUUAAUGAAAAUUGGCUUGGUAAAUUUGAUAUUGUAUUUUGACCAGUAGAUCAUAUUAUUCUGAUCAUGGUGUUAUUA